AUGACUUGUUAUUUACCCAAUGACGCCGGUGACCUUUUCGACAAGGGAGUCGAGUAUAACUUCGAAGGUGCCACCUUCUACGCUUAUGGCGUAGGCGUCACAACAGAAAUGGUCCAACAGGCAUGCGACGAUGCGGCCGCAAGCUACGCUAAGCAUGUUUUGAACUGGCCGCCUAUGGACAAACCACAAAUUUUCAGGGUUGGGUCUACUAGUCAAUACAUACUCCUGAGCGACUGUAUCAACUUAUACGUUGAACGACUUCGUCUUACCUUGGAUGUAACGGAUGCAACUCGCUCUAAUAAAUCAUUGCCGAUGUAUCCACAUGGCUUCAUUAUUAUCACGCCAAACAAAGCCAUACUAGCUCUUGCCUGCAAGCUACAAGGCAAUUGGAGACUGGAAUUUUGUUUUAUUCCCAUCCAUGUCGAACUAUGUGAAGCGAUUCUGGACCUACGAAGGGGGGACACGAUGGCCCAAGACAUUAUCGUUAGGUAUUCGAAUAUCCAAGAAUUACGGGACCGGGUGAGCCAAAUCAACAACCCGUCAUUCAACAACCCGUCAUUCAACAACCCGCCAUUCAACAACCCGCCAUUCAACAACCCGCCAUUCAACACCCAUGGAUGGGCAUUCGUUCUCUUCGCCACGGGGCUCCAACCUGCACUUCCCUUGCUGGCCAUGAUUGAUCCAGCAAUAAACCAUUACCCAUCUUCUGAAGCAACGCUACAACUUGGCACCCAGUCCCAGAUCUCCGAGCAGAGAAUGAGGCAAAUGUUUCCUCUUACCGUACGAGACGACAGGCGAAGAGGUUGGAGAACAAACGGCAUGAAGCUCCACAGCAAAAUUUUCAUUUACUGCGACAAUGACGACCCAGGCAAGAAGGGAGUUGUAGUUGUGCUAGUUGACUGGGAUGGAAAUAUUGAUAGAGAGGACAUAGAGCUGAACGAGGCGUUUGACAAGGCAGAUUAUCAGGUGAAGCGAGUGUCAGUCGACAAUGCUUUGGAACAGGCAUGUGAGCUAGCACAGCAGAGUCUUAGGGUGGAAGAAUAA